AUGGCCGACGAGGAGGAUGCGCGCCAUCUCGAGGACUAUGUCAUGCUCAUUUUGUCUGAUUCAAACUUGCCUACUGGCGGAUUUAUUGCGUCUGCUGGCUUGGAGUCGUAUUAUUCGCACGGGUUCAUGACGUACGACCAAAAACCCGGCGUUCCUACGCAGCAGACGUUGACGGAGCGCAGUGUCGAUUUCGUCGAGUUUUCGCUAGGAAACUAUGUAACCAGUGUUUUACCAUAUAUCCAUGCCGCACAGCUAAUUGCUGUGCGGUAUCUGGAUAGUGUGGCCCCGGGCCCAAACCGCGCCAAAAAAUACGUAACAAAACAGGCGGCGCCAGAAAAAGCAGCGCCUUUAAAAGCAAAGUCAGUCACUGCACGGUACUACUUCUCUCGACGACCGAACGCACUUACCAUGUUACCACAGUCUACGAGCGAGAUGGAUGUUGGUACGGAAGCGAGAAAAGAACCGCUGGCCAGCAAACCGAUACCCGAGCAACCUCCCACGUUAGAUGAGACACUUAAGGCUCUAGCAGCGCUUGACUGGCAUCAUCACACACUCCUAUUAAAUCAUGUAUCACGUCGUGCUUCUAUGAUUCAAGGAAUUGCCUUGCUUUCUUUGUUUGCUCGGUCAUUUGCGCAACCUGCGCCUAUUGCUGGCGAACAUGCAUUGGAUCCACGCGCCGAAGCAGCUCGCGUAUUAAUUGAGCGUCUACGCAAAAAUAUCCGUCGUGGUAGUGCGAAGCUAAACAAUGGCGCGAUGUCGCUUUUUCCUGGUGAUGGCGAAAUGGCAGGCCAUUUACCGAUAUGUGCAGGCGUGUUUGGGCUGGCAGCUGGGCUCUCGAUAGACCGCGCUCUGCAUUUGAAUCUAUUCCUACAGGCACGAAACCUCAUGUCCUGCUCAAUCCGGCUUAACACGCUAGGGCCGUACAUGGCGCAUCAACUCCUGAGUUUCCAGCUUCGCGAUAUCGUGCAGCGACAGAUGAACUCGCUGGACCGCGAGGCUGGUGCGCGAUUGUAUGCAUACGCUAUUCAAGCUUCUCUAUCGUCUGGGUCCAACCCUGACCCCCCGCAGGAAAACUUAGAGCAACAGACAUGGGACUGGGACUGGCCUGAAGAAGAUGCCACGUUUGACACGGUCCACUAUCCUUUUACAUCAUGGCCGCUGGGCGAGGUUAUACAAGCACGUCAUGAUCAACUUCAUUCCAGAUUAUUCAACAGCUAA